AUGUCGUCCAAAAACAUAAAUUGGCAGAUAGCCCUGCUUGAGGCACGCACAGGUAAGGGUGCCUCGACACAUAAGGCGAAGCAGGCGGAAGAGAAGCGGCACAAAGACAAGGAGACGGAGUCUCCCGACCUGGCUCUGGUCGAGGAGCUGACCAAGCUGCGCAACGAAAAGAUCAAGACCAAGCUAUUCCACAUCAAGCGCGAGCUACGCAGCCUGGCUAAGAAGAUCCAGGGGCAGGAGGUUCAAAAAACAUCGCGGCAGUUAAAGACGGCGCGCGAAAAGGGCGAUUCCGUGGAGGCAACCGAGCAGCUGUUGGCGCAGAUCAAAGCUGUGGACUUGGAUGUUGUGGUGGGGAUGGCAGUGCGGCGGAUGAAGAAAAAGAGCAGGGCUGUGCGCGAGGCUCUGGACAACGAUGAGGAAGAGCAGGCGGUGGAACUGAAUGAUGACAAGGCGAUGCAACGGGUGCUGAAUGGGAAGCUGAUGGGGCCGGCGAUUGGCAAGCAGGUGCUGGAGCUCGAGAGCAUCCUGAAGGGCGUGCCACCGCCGAGCAGAGAGCGGUUUAUCAAAAAGAAGAAGACCACAGAACAGGACCCUGCUCCAAAGAAGGAGUCUGUGGGCGACGCACAGGAUGAGGAGACCGGGGAUGGUUUCAUAUCUGGAUCUGAUUUUGAUUCGGACGGGUACGAGUCAACGUCCGAUCUUGAGAACGAGUCAGGCAAAGCGAAGAGCCUCAAGGAGUCCUCAUCUGUGUACGUUACCAGUCUGGGUGAUCUGGCCAGCGACGACAGCGACUCCGACAAGCCUCGAAAGAAGAAAGCGAAGAAGAGCAAGGAUGAUGAGCUCGACUAUGGCAAGGAUUACGAUGAGGAUUUUGACAAGAUCUAUGGAUCCAAGCAGCCCAAGAACCGCAUGGGGCAGCGUGCGCGGCGCCGUCUGGCGGAGCGCAAAUUCGGCAAGGAGGCGAACCACAUCAAGCUUCUGGAGAAGGAGAAGAAGCCCCGGAUGCAGCAGACUGAACAGCGCCAGCCGAAGGCGCCGAUCAAGGAGCAGGCAAUGCAUCCGUCAUGGGAAGCAAAGCGGCGUGAGCGGCAGAUGCUGGCAAUGGCGCCAAAGAGCAAGAAGAUUGUGUUUGGCGAUGACGGGCCGACAGUGGUCAGGGAGACCAAGAGCGAGAAGCCCCAGGAGAAGCCCCAAGAGAAGGCUGCAGAACACCUGCACCCGUCGUGGGAGGCCAAGCGCCGGCAGAAGGAGCUGAUGGAGCAGGCAAAGAACGUCAAGGGGACAAAGAUCGUCUUCGACUAG